CGUGCACCACCACACUCGGCGCUUUGCGGCUGCUAGCCGAGAGCGUUAAUGUAAACUUUGAACACUAGACAUUGGGGUAAUGGAGUAUUAACGUUUCACGAUGUCAACUUUAUGCUGUUAAUUUAGCAAUAUAAAUAUUGUAAAGGCUUGAAUUCAUCUGUUGCUGAGAUUUUCAUUUUUGAUAUCAGUGCAAUGCAAUAAAAGGUUUUUCAAGAUGAUGGGUGAUCAGUUUCGAACCAAAGUGGAGCCAUACUCUCCAAAGUCUUCUCCACGAGGUGCCCGGUCCCCUGUUGUUUCACGACAGGAUUCAACAGGAACAUUAAAGACUACUAUCUCUCUGGGAAAGAAUCCAUCUAUUGUUCACAGUGGACCAUUUUAUUUGAUGAAAGAACCUCCUGGAGAAAGUGAAUUAACAGGAGCCACAAAUUUGAUGGCAUAUAAUAACUUGGAACAUUCAUACAGUAAAUUUAGUGGUAAAAAACUUAAAGAACAAUUAUCUUCAUUUUUGCCAAAUUUGCCAGGUAUUAUUGAUACCCCAGGUGAUCAAGACAACAGUGCUUUACGAUCUGUGAUUGAAAAGCCUCCUAUAGGUGGCAAGGAACUUUUACCUUUAACAAGUGUACAAUUAGCUGGUUUUAGAUUACAUCCUGGACCAUUACCAGAACAGUAUCGUUAUGUUAAUCAAGCGCCUCAAAGAAAACACAAAAACAAGCACAAAAAGCACAAAAAUAAACCUGGUGAAGUUCCUAGUGGGCAAGAAACGACUGUGACUGAUAUUGGAGGCGCAGAUACUCAUGAAAAGAAACACAAGAAACAAAAGAGACACGAUGAAGAAAAAGAAGCAAGGAAAAAGCGUAAAAAAGAAAAGAAGCGGAAGAAGCAAAAACACAGCCCUGAACAUUCAGGAGGCAUGACGCCUUCGCAACAUUCUAAUUCGUGAUCAUUAUCUAACCAUUUUUGUCCUACUCUUAUUUGUGAAGAAUCUUCCUUUUUACCAAUUACGGAUUUGAUUAGUUUCUUUUAUAAGUAACGGUUAACAAAACCUACCAUUCACGAUUACUUUUAUGAUUUAUCAUUUAAAAAAAAUCAUGAUUCACGUAGAAAAUUGCUCGAGAUUCUACUUUUUAAAAAUACUUUAAUUUAAUAAAAAUAUUAUAUAUCGAAAUUUAUAAUAAUAGCUCGUUAAUAUUAUUUAACAGAUACAUUUAUCGACAUUUUAGUAGAUAUAAUUUUUGUAUAUAAUAGAUCAAUUUGUCUUACUUCAACGUUUAGUUUUCUCUUGUGUAAGUAUAAAUUAAAAACUUGAGCAAGCUCCUCCACGUAAAUAUAACUUAAUUUUCUGUAAAUAUGAUUAAGACAGUCUAACUCAGUAAAAUACUGUUUGAGAUAAAUUAAGUAUUUAUAUAUAAUUGGUUGCCAUAGUAAAACCAAUUAUUAAGUGUAAUAUCAAUGAUAAU